UUAAUGGUAAGAAUUAAUGUUUAACAAUGUUAAAGUCAAAUAAGAAAUUGGUAUUGGGUUCAGAUGAUCUAAUUAAGCGUAUCGAAAUUGUAGGUUAUUGGGUUCGCAUUUUGUGUUUGAGAGUAACAAUAUGAAUGUCAAUUGAAAAAACGUAACCUUUGCGCGAAGCCUAAAAUCUUCCUCCAAGCACAUGAUAUUAUUUGGUGUUUCUGAAGGAACAUUGUACCCUUGCUUUGACCUGCUCUUUACCGAGAUCGGGAUCCUCUCCAACACGUCUGGAUCACUCCUUCUUCCUCCACUUCAACUCUCAGCUGUCCAACGCAUUGCUGAUAUCAGUGGGUGGUGGAGAUGUGAUGCAGCAUUCUAAAUGAGCACGACCUACUCGGCUCCGGACAGUAAGCGAUUCGAGAGGCUUCGAAACGAGCGUCCUCUUCUUUCCCCGCCAGUUUCUCCGUCACCUCUCGUCCUCGAUCCCCCGCCCGCCUCUCGCGGAGUUGAAGCCCGUGUCCAAAUCCAGAGAAGAGGCGAUCUUUCCUCCCUCUCUCUCUUACGGGAGAACCGCUUCCAAGGAAAAUUACCCCUAAAUCCUUCUCUUUUUAUGAACUUCUAGCUGGUUUGCAGGUUUCAUUUGUCAGGAAGACGGCCUUCCUCCUCCUCCUCCUCCUCCUCUCUCUCUCUCUCUCUCUCUCUCUCUCUCUCUCUCUCUCUCUCUCUUUCUUUGUGAGCCUCACCGGGUAAUUGAGGAGCUCGGAUCACACCGGAUGCAUCCUCUAGUUAAAUCUUUGUCGAAUCCAAAUCGGGCAUAGAACUUAGGGUUUCUUUGGAAGGAUUUACUGCCAGAGAUGAGCUGCUUUUCUUGUUUUUCAUCCCAGGACAAGAGGGCGUCGAGGAAGUUUGAUGCAAACGAUGAGUCAUCACUGGCACCCGGACCAAGAGUGGUUUCCCACAAGAGCACUGAAUUGAGCAGAAGACGAGAUAAUCACUCACGGAUUACACAGAAUGCUGCACCUGAAGCAUCAACCAGUAAAGAAGCCGGCAAUGGUAAUAUUGCAGCUGAAACAUUCACUUACCGCGAGCUAGCAUCAGCUACCAAAAAUUUCCGCUCUGAAUGCUUGCUUGGUGAAGGCGGAUUUGGAAGAGUUUAUAAGGGGCGCCUCGAGAAGACGGGCCAAGUCGUGGCUGUGAAGCAAUUGGACAGGAAUGGCCUGCAAGGCAACAGAGAAUUUCUUGUUGAGGUUUUGAUGCUUAGUCUUCUUCACCAUCAAAAUCUGGUCAACCUAAUAGGAUAUUGUGCAGAUGGAGACCAGAGGCUUUUGGUAUAUGAGUAUUUGCCUCUUGGCUCCCUGGAAGAUCAUUUGCUUGAAAUACCCCCUGAUCAGGAACCAUUGAGUUGGUAUACAAGGAUGAAGAUAGCUUUCGGUGCUGCCAAAGGUUUAGAGUAUCUGCACGAGAAGGCCAACCCUCCUGUCAUCUACCGUGAUCUCAAAUCAUCCAAUAUCUUACUCGGUAAAGAUUACAACGCAAAGCUCUCUGAUUUUGGACUUGCUAAGCUUGGCCCUUUGGGGGACAACUUGCAUGUUUCCUCAAGGGUGAUGGGCACUUUUGGCUACUGCGCGCCUGAGUAUGUUAGAACAGGUCAGCUCACUCUGAAAUCAGAUGUGUACAGUUUUGGAGUUGUGUUCUUGGAACUGAUAACAGGGAGAAGAGUCAUUGACACCACAAAGCCAACAGAUGAACAAAAUCUGGUCACUUGGGCAGAACCAAUGUUCAAGGAUCAGAAGAGGUGCUGCAGGCUGGUAGACCCACUUCUUCAGGGGGAUUACCCGGAGAAAGACAUGAACCAAGCUGUUGCAGUGGCUGCAAUGUGCCUACAAGAGGAGGAUGCAGCUCGCCCCUUCAUAACCGAUGUUGUUGUGGCCUUAAGUCACCUUACAGCAGCCCCAACAAAUGCUGGAGGGAGCUCUGGUCAUCAUCAUUCUCAUUCCAUGCAGCCAGAAGACAGAGGGCCAGAUGAUCAUGACAAGCAAGCUGAGAAGAUCAAUGUGGACCGCCAGCGUGCCGUGGCACAGGCCAUCGAAUGGGGUUCCGAGUUCAAGGCACAGCUAGCGUAUCCAUCGUGAAGCUGGAUCUUGUUUCUCUUUGAUUCUUUUUCCUUUUUCUUUCACAUUUGAGGUUAUUUUUUUGGGGACUAUUUGACAGCUUCCUCAAGUUGAUAAUACUUUGGAUUGCAAACAUUCUUUCUUUUGGGCUGUACCAAUCUGCUUGACUUGUUCGUGUUA